AUGGCAGGAAACCUUACGCGCCUUUGGUGGAGCCCACUCGAUACUGGAAUUCGUGGGCUGUUAGAUAGGGAUCUCCAGCUCGUAUGCUCCCCUCUUCUCGUCAAAUUCCUCAUUGGCCCUUCAAAAAGAGAAUACCAUCUCAGCAAGUCUCUCAUCGCCAGCCUAUCCGACCCCCUUCAUGGCAUCCUUUCUGAACAUAAAAAUUCCGGCCGUGGAGGUGUGAACGCCAAGCCGGUCGACUGGAGCAACUUCAUCGACGAAGACAUUUUUAACCUGUUUGUGCAAUACGCAUACACGGGUGAUUACAAAAUCCAGAUUAUGUCUUUCCCAGAACAAGAUAUCCUGCGCAAACACCAAAGAUACAGCGAAGCCAGGAGAAUAAACCAAGAUGCCUUUUGGAUUUACGAGAGCAGCCCCUUUGUGCAGACACCAAGCCCUGCAUCAGUGUAUCGACAAUAUGCUCAGAUCUGGGCUUUCGCCAAGUUCCACAAGAUUCAAUGGCUCGUGGUUGUAGCCUACAAACACUUACGGACCGCCUUCCAAGUACUGAUGCGGCGUUCUACCCCUGGCGACUGUCUUGGCCUAGAAGAAAAGAUAUGCCGUGAGGUAGUGGACGUGAUUGGGUUUAUCUACCAUCAGGGACGCCGGUUCUGGGAUGAAGAGAUACACCCGGACGCACAUGAAGGGAUGAGAUCGAUGAUUGCGUGCUUUGCUCGCAAAUAUCUUUGCGACUAUGAUAUACAUACGAUGGCUGGGAGCCGAAACUUGAAGAUGUGGACAAGCUUGCUGGAGAAGGAGCCGAGGAUCGCGGUUGAUAUGGUUACUCAUAACGCGAAAACUAUACCAUGGUGUUGAUGGUGAACAGCACAGGUGCGUCGAUGGUCUCUGACCCGAUGUGUUCACUGUUGUGUGGUAAUCCAGAGCUGGGCCGGAG